UGCAUCUGGGCCCUGGCCACUACACCAUCUAAUCAAGAACAGCCUAAAGCCUGAAACUCCCGAGCAACCAUGCAGUCUGCCGAUGCCAAAUUCAACCGAAGAUCCUUGCUUCAGACCCUGCGACAUUACAGCACAGAAGUUCACAACAUGGAACAGACCGUCCUGCUUCCCAGUCUCCUAAGAGAUGUGCCGUCAGAUGGUUUUAUGGACUGUGAUGCUGCGGAGAACAGCAGGGACCUGUACGAGAACUAUCUUCUUUUGAAAGCCAUCAAGAACACAGUGGAGAGCGGUCUGUUCCCCUAUAAUGAUGCCAAGGCUAAGAACCACGCCAGCCUGCACGAAGGCCUGGAGCCACUGCUGGAGGCCGAUCCAGAGGCGCUGUUCCAUUUCCAUCUGCGAGGCCUAUUCACUGUCAUGGCUACACUCACAAAUAAGUCUCAGAGCUUGACGGAGAAAUACUUGGACAUCAUUGGGAUCAGCCGUUAGAAUUCAUCACGGAACAGCUUUUGACCACAUCUUAAGAAAACAUCUUGAAAUGGAUUUUAUAAUUGAAGCAUUUACCUGGAAACUCAUUACAGUACUGUCACUAAGUCAUCUAAAUGAGAUAUGCAAUACUUUGAUUAAACUGAUUUUUCAAAAUCUGUCGAUUUUGCUCUUUUGUCCCCCUUUUGCUAAUGUUAGCGUCCAUUCGAGCUAGCAAGAAAUCCACAAGUUUGUGCAAAACCUGAUUACCGUGCUAUCCUGCAUAAUUAAAAGAGAAUGGUAAAAAAAAGAA